AUUUGAAUCCUUCAAGAAUAAUAUUUUUUGCUUGCCUAAUCCUCUGCUCAAACGAAAGACUACCAUCAGCCGGCAACUUUUCACCAACCCCUCCGCCCUUCUCCAAGUCAAACCGAACCAGACCGGGCCAGGCCAGACCGAAACCUUGCUUGCGCAAACGAGGAGCCUCCCAUGUCGCAUUCUUUCUUGCAUCUCGUCAAAAUUUCCGCUUCUUCUGCCUUGCUCUCACAGGUCAAUACCCUGAAACCUCACCCUCGGACUUCUGCUUGAACCGACGGGAACUUCAAGCACCGCGACUGCUGCUGAUCUUUUGGCUUACCAACUGCCGACGCCCGCGAGCCAGUUGAGCUGUAAGGGACACUUCGUUACUCCACCUCGAUUUUAUUAACGACUACCCUCGUAUUGCACUGUCGCAUACAUUUUGCUCCUCAAACUCAUCCUCACUCAACGUUGCUGCUGUUCGCGCGCUUUGAGGCUUGCCGAGUCAAUCAGCCCCAGGCCAGGUCCGUCAAACACAGGCCCCGAGCUGCUAAGCCGAGAAACAGUCAAAGUAUCCAACGAUGAGCCAAUCACAGCAAUUUCCUCCUUCACUGCGUCAGACGCAGGUGGGCUCCAUGUCUUCUGCAUCUGCGUCUGCUCCUCGCGCUGGCUCUGGCGCUGGCUCUGGAUCCGGCCCUCAACCCCAGCCCCAGCACGACGAAUUGCACAUGUCGGGCUUGAGCCAAACUGGUGCUCCAAUUUCCAUGUCGCCUCAAGACUACGAGAACCCUCCUCAGAUCAAGUUCGAGUCUUCGCCCUCAAACCUCCACUACAGGAACCCCUCCAACUCUUCGGUGCCCAACGUCCUCCAACCCGCCGGUGGCCUGUCCGCUCGCGGCGCCCCAGCCUCGCCCAACUUGCCCUCGCCGAUGCAGCAAUCCUCUCCCGCUGCCUCAUCUGUUCCUCACCAGCCGCCGACGCAAGGUCAACACCAACAGCAUCAUCAUCAUUCACAGCAGCCGCUGCAGAUCCCUUCUCAGCACGGCCAGCCUUCCCACGACUAUUCAAACUCGCCCUCUGCUGCCGCCGCGAGCAAACCACCACUGAGCAUGUCUCAUAGCUAUUCCCGCUCCAGCCCAGCCGCUGGCUACGAUGGCUCUUCCAACUACCACGCAUACACGCCCACUACUCCCAGCGGUGCUUCAUCUUCGCAUCUAAUGUCUCCAAUCGAUCCCGCCAGAUACAAUGCUCCAGGAUCCCAGCGCACCAUCUCCAACACCCCGCUUGGCCUAGCUGAUAUCCGUCCCCGCGCCGAUUCGAGCAUGUCUGAUGGUCCUGGAGCUUCUAUGGGUUAUGACGCCAAUAGUGCUCAGCCAGGGACAAGCAAUUACCUCGCGCCAUGGGCCAUUUACGCUUUUGACUGGUGCAAAUGGCCUGCCCAGGGCAAUGGUGCCGGCAAGCUGGCUGUGGGGAGCUACCUGGAAGAUGGUCACAACUUUAUCCAAAUCCUCGACAGCCACAUUACGCCAACACCUCAGGAUGUUUACACACCUGGCUCAUCUAAAUAUAGUCUCGAGUUCACCAAGGCUGCCGAAGCUACCCACUCUUAUCCUGUGACGCGCUUGCUAUGGGAGCCUCCCUCGUCGCAGAAGCAGUCUACUGACCUGCUCGCGACUUCGGGCGACCACUUGCGAUUGUGGUCUCUUCCUAACGAGAAUCCUGCUACGCCCAGCAGCACCAUCGGUCGUCGCGACAACCCUACCACCAAGUUGACACCCCUCGCGUUACUCUCCAACUCCAAGACACCAGAUCAUACUGCGCCUCUCACAUCUCUCGAUUGGAACACCGUUUCUCCCAGCCUCAUCAUUACUUCCAGCAUAGACACAACAUGUACCAUCUGGGAUAUUCCCUCACUUACGGCCAAAACCCAACUUAUUGCCCACGAUAAAGAGGUUUAUGAUGUUAGGUUCUGCGCCAAGAGUGUGGAUGUUUUUGUUAGCUGUGGUCAAGACGGCAGUGUCCGUAUGUUUGAUCUUCGAAGUUUGGAGCACUCUACAAUUAUUUACGAGCCUACGGGCAAGGAAGAGCGAGAUCCCAACGGUGGCCGUGUUAGUCCAACACUUGCUCAACAAACGAUGGCGAAUCCUCCUCCGCUGCUACGACUCGCUACUUCACCUCACGAUACCCAUCUUCUCGCUACAUUUGCUCAAGAUUCCAACGCUAUUCGCAUUUUAGAUGUGCGACAACCCGGCCAGGCCUUGCUCGAGCUACGAGGUCAUGGUGGAAACGUCAACUGCAUCGAAUGGUCACCUCAUCGACGAGGUAUGCUCGCUUCAGGUGGCGACGACUGCCAAGUUCUUCUCUGGGAUCUUUACAACUCCAACCAGCCGAUGAACGGUACUCCUCAACAAGAGAACCCCAGAAGCCCUGUUGCUAGCUGGCAAUGCGAUUACGAGAUCGGUAACCUGGGCUGGGUGCCUCAACUACCCAACUCCGAGUACGGCGAAUGGCUCGGCGUCGGUGCAGGACGCGGUAUCUGGGGAACACGAGUCGCGUGAAAAGGCAGUACUGAGCUGACUUAAAUCAUUUGUAAAGCGUGGGUCAGAGCCUCCAGUUCUGUUUCAGAAACGUUACUCGAUUUAUGUAAAGUGUGGCUGGUUAAGGGCAUGGUCAUUGCAUUCCGCAAAGCCUGGAGUUUUUAUUAGGGGGUUUUCGAAAGUCUGAUUGGGGGCAUCUUCAAGGUGCCAGGAUCAAAACGUUGGGCUGGUCGAUAUAAAAACACGAUCUUAUAUCCUGGACACUUGCGCUUUAUGGGAGGUUUUGUGCAUGAGGAGGAGUUUGAGCGGCCAGAUUGAGUUCUAGCUUGUGCAAAGCCUGGGAAUGGGUGGACAUAGAGGGCGGCGCUGGUGGGAGUUAGCGUUGGAGUAGAUAUAGAUGAUGAGAAGAUAUAUGCAAUAUGAUGACUAUAACCAGAUAUCAA